AUGAAAAGGCCAGACCUUGGGUUGGGUAUGAUAUUUGCCAAUGCUACAUUAUUUAGGGCUGCACUUUGGAAGUAUACCAUCCAAAAUAGGACUGAGUUUACCUUUGUAAAGAAUGAUGGUGAUAGGGUGACAGAUGUUGGUUCCAAUGGAUGUGGAUGGAGAGUCCAUGCUAAUUACUUCCAAGACACCAAGUCAUUUCAAAUCAAAAGCUUAGUCAACCAUCCAUAUAGCUGCCCUAGACAAUACAGGCUUAGGCAUGCCAACUCUGCAUGGUUAGCAAGAACAUACAUGGACAGGUUGGUUGAUGAUCCCAAUUGGAAGGUCAGUGCUUUGAGAAAGGCAGCAAAGAGGAAGCACACGGUAGAGGUCACUGAUAGUCAAGCCUAUAAGGCUAAAAAGAGGGCAUUAGAAGCAAUUGAGGGCAACUAUAGACAACAAUAUUGGAGGCUAUGGGAUUACUGUGAAAUGAUUAGGAGGCAAAACCAUGGCUCAACUGCAUUGUUAAGGGUGGAGAGGCCACCACUUAGCACACCCCCUGUCUUCCAAACGAUGUUUGUGAUGUAUGCUGCACAAUCAAGGGGUUUCUUAGGUGGUUGUAAACCUAUAAUCGGGCUUGAUGGAUGUCACUUGAAGGGCCCAUUUGGUGGUCAACUUUUGAGUGCUAUUGAGAAGGAUGCCAAUGAACAAAUGUACCCAUUAGCAGUGGCUGUGGUUGAAGCUGAGACUAAGGAUAGCUUGAUGUGGUUUUUUGAUAAUCUGCUUGGUGUAAUAUGGAGACUUGAAGAGAAAGAAUGGACCUUUAUCUCAGAUAGGCAGAAGGUAUGGUUUGGUUGA